UCCAUUCCGUCUAUAUGGUGCGUCCUCCUGCACUUCAUUUUGAAGAGCAGAGCAGCGGUGCACCCUCUUGUAGCAGAAUGGCAAUGAAAUUGGCUUAUUGGGAUAUACGCGGGCUUGCUCAACCAAUCCGUCUGCUGUUGGAAUACACCGGUACUAAAUAUGAGGAAAAGUUCUAUACAUGCGGUGAAGCUCCCAACUAUGACAAAAGCUGUUGGUUUAAUGAGAAAAGCAAACUUGGGAUGGACUUUCCAAAUUUGCCCUAUCUAGAGGAUGGAGACCGAAAGAUAGUCCAGAGCAAUGCCAUAAUGAGAUACAUCGCUCGCAAACACAACCUCUGUGGGGAAACUGAGGAAGAACAAAUGAGAGUUGACAUUUUGGAAAAUCAGGCGAUGGACUUCCGCAAUGGAUUUGUCCAGCUCUGCUACUUGGACUUUGACAAAAACAAAUCCAGUUAUUGUGAGAAACUAACAGGAACUCUAAAGCAGUUCUCUGACUUCCUUGGGGACAGAAAGUGGUUUGCUGGGGACAAGAUCACAUUUGUGGAUUUCAUUAUGUAUGAGUUGUUGGAUCAGCAUCGCAUGUUUGAGCCGGCAUGCCUGGAUGACUACAAAAACCUUCGAUGUUUCCUGGAUCACUUUGAGAGUCUUGAGAAGAUUGCAGAAUACAUGAAGUCAAACAGGUUCAUGAAAACACCUGUGAACAACAAGAUGGCCAAAUGGGGAAACAAGAAGGAGUGAAACCAACAACUGUUUUAAAACAUUUCAAUAGACCAGCAAUUAGUUAAAUGUACACCCCAGUGAUAGUUGACAGUAGUGUAGAUCAAAAAAGCAUAACCAAACAGUCUGAAUUCUCAGUUGUUGUCUAGAAAUAAUGAAAUUAAAAAAGCUCUUCUGUUUAUGUUGUAUGUGUUCAGGUGAGUGUUGCACUUUGAUUUUUCACAUUGAUUCCAUGAAAAGAAAAGCAUUUCCGUGUGUUAGGCUUCACUGUUUAGAUUGUGGUUCUACAUUGUCUAAAUUGUAAGCAAAGCAUUAAAUGCACCUUCUUAUUUUGACCCAAUAAAGAGCACAGAAUUGUUCCA